CCUGGGAGGUAGAGCCGGCGGGACAAGCGCUGUAUCUGGGCGCACAGCUCGCCGCUUUCUCUGCCUGCCCGAGGCGCUUGGUGGCAGGCGUAGCCGCUUGCCCCGAUCCGACCCGCUCAGCCGAGCGGGCAGCGCCUCGGCACCCCGUCAUGGGGCGGGGAGAGGCACCACAGGAAGUCAGUUCUGGUUCCUGGGUUAAGGCGCUCGGGCAGAAGCGAGCGCCUGUGCCGGGAGCGGCUGUGAGCUCCGUGAGGCGCUCCGUCUAUUAACUUGACCAUCUUUUCAGUGAUGAAACAACACUGGAAAUUAUGGACAAAAACAUUGGAGAGCAACUUAACAAAGCUUAUGAAGCCUAUCGACAGGCAUGCAUGGAUAGGGACCAUGCUGUGAAAGAACUACAUCAAAAAACAGAAAACUACAUGCAGCAAAUACGUGAACAGCAGGAAAAGAUAGAGCUUCAAAACAGCAUUAUUGCAAAACUGAAAUCACAGUUAGCUGCUCUGAAUGCUAAUAGAGGUAAUGCACAUCCCUACGUUCUGAUGAAUGAAGACAUUGAAACUUCCAACUUGCCCUUCAGCCAGCUCUCUGAAAAACUCAAUGUAGCAAAGCAAAGAGAAAAGCUCUUAAAGGAACAAUUAGAAAGUGAGAGCAUGAAACUGAAGCAGCUUGAGGACAGAAACAAUCAAAAGGAAAGGAAGCUUAUAUCUAUUAUUUCCAACCAAGAAGAUAAAAUAAAAACUCUGAAAAGCAAAUUGAAAGAAUUAAAUGAAGCACAAAAGGGGAUACAGAUGCCAGUGUACAAAAGGGAGGUGAGAAAUAAGAAAAUCAUUCCAGCUAAGCCUGAAUUAUCUCUAGGAAUUUCACCUCUACCUGAAAGAGAGAAUCUGGACACUAUUUUCCAGGACAUGAAAGAAGAGUGUCAUCGAAUAUGUAUGCUAGCCAGAGAACAAACAGACCAACUGAGUAAAUUUAAGAUAAAGCCAGAACCUGAAAGUGAAAUACAGUUUUCCAUGCCGAUACAGUGUACUGAUAAAACUGAUGAACAAGCAGAAGAGCUUUUUAAGCCUCGGGUUAUAAAGGAUAUAAAUAGAGGUGCAUCAUGCAUCACAUCUAUCACACCAAGAGGAGUGGGCCAAGAUGAGGACAACAACUCUGUAGAAUCACUUUCUAAAUUUAAUGUCAAGUUUCCACCUACAGACAAUGACUCUGCUUUCUUGCAGAGCACUCGGGAAAAACCAACAGUUCCUUGUACUGGUAUAGCUGAAAACAUGCUUCAAGAUCAUCCUUUUAACCUGGAGCACAGAGACCGUGCUGUUAACCUCAGUAAAUUGGAACCUAACUCAUUUGAAGCUCAUGGAGUUGAUCUCAUGACCUCAGCUUUACAGAGCUUUACUGUUGACAAAAUAAACUCCCCAAAUCAUGCAAAGAUGCCUGUAGAAAAUACUCGUGACAAGAUAUGUUUAAAAACAACAGACACUGGUUUCCCAUUUGUACCUAAGCACACAAACCAGGGUGCACCUGAAGUAAUUUUUUCUUCUUCUUUAGAAGCCGCUGGGACAACCAUCAGAGGUCCUCAUCAGCUCAUCUGGAAGCCUCAGGACAGUAAUUUGCUGGCACAAGCUUAUACAGACUCUGAACUGAAUCAAUCGGGAAUAUGUGAAUUCUGUCGAGAAGUUUUCCCACCAUCCAUGACAUCUAAGGAAGAUUUUCUUCGGCAUCUGAAUUCCCACUUUAAAGUACAGUCUUAAUGUAUGAGAACACAAUGGAUCUCUAGUUUUGCAAACAUUUGAUAUAUUUUUUUUAUUCAAUAGAUAUGCCAAGAAUUUAAGAAUUAAGACUUCUUGUAGCAAGAACUCGUGACUGAAAAUGUCAGAUAAGCACAUUUUUAAUUGUCCUUUGGCAAGGUAAAAUGUAAGUCAUUCAGUACUGUAAUUCAUAUUACUGCUUGUUAUGCUUCAAUAUUACAUUUGAGAGUGAUGUUGGACACCUUUGCUUCUUCUUUUAAUAAAUCAUUGCCUGAGUAGGCCCACAGUCAUGAUUAUGAGUGUGGACCUGCAGGAUUCGUGCCUUAAUAUAACUGGGGAAACUGAUGUAAUGCUAAGACUUUUUUUUAUCAGCAUCUAGUGAUGUGAUUAUAUUCUCCCUGAAGUAAACAGGAAGAGAAGGAGACUCAUUUUUUAAUUUCUGUUACAAAAUUUCCAAGUUUAACUUAGAGUAGUGAAACUCUUAAUUCAUUUUUUUGUAGAAUCAUCCCAAAACCAUAACUGAAUGAUGAGUAUGCCAAAAUUAGGAUAGACUUGGUCACAAGCAAUGUAAAUGAACAGUUGACUUUCACAGAUGAAUUGUUUGAGUAAUCAAACACAGCACAUAAAUGGCCCUGUUGCCAAAAUGUAACUGUAGCAAUUUUAAGGCUAUCUGUUACAUGUUCUUUAAUGGGUUUGUUCAUGUACAUCCCUAGCAUUAAUAACUAGUAAAAAUAAUUCCAAUUAAAAUAUUAAACUAUUAUGAAGUGAGGAGAGGAAAAGUUAAACCUUCCCUAAAACUGAGAAUACCAAAGAUUAUUUGUCUUUCUAGUCUGCUCUGAAAGAUUGCUCAAGGCUUUUACAACUUAGAAAGGAAUGGGGAAAACCCAAUCGCUCAGAACUGAUUUUUAACCUGAAUAUGCCUAGGAACUUUCUCGAUGCCAUUUCAAUUUGUUCUUAGUUGAAAGAGUGUAAUCUAUAAAGUUUGCACAUUUUCUGAAUGUAUUUGGAUCCGAUUAAAAAGGAGGAAGGUGUUACUAAGUGAUUUAAAUUAACUAUAAGGGGUGACUUGAAGCUUUUUUGCAUUUUAACUGAAUAUAGGGUUUAGUCCUGAUAAUGAGUAUUUUCAUAGCAGCAAAGCACAAGAGGUUUUUUUUCUUUUUAAAGAUUUGUUCUCUAGUGACCAAUUUCUGGAAGAAUUAAAACGCAUAAUAUGUAGAAAAUAUUUUUUCUGACCUUUUUCUCCAUUUUAAACCUCUCAUGUUUGUGACUGGCUGUUACCAGCGUAUACUGUAAUAAACAGCAGUGUGCAGUGCAUGUCUGCUAUGUGACCUGGAGAAAGAGUCUGUUACUAUUGACAGUUCUGAAGCCCUGCCAGUGCCCAGCGCUGAGGAGGGUACGUUCAUCCCUGGAGUCGCCGUGCGGCGUGUGAAGUACCUCCCUGGAGAGCACGGCUGGGGGUGGUUCCUGGGAGAGGCAGAAGUUCCAGGAUUGGGAGGAGAGAAGGGGAUUCGCACAUCUCCAGCCAGCCCAACACAAAACCGACUUAUCCUCUCAACCGUGAAAUUCGAGCUCAGGAGCUCAGGUUAUUAAGAGAUGAACAAACUGCGACUUCACUUUUAAAGAAAAUAAAGUCGUCUGUUUUCCCCCCGC